AUGGCCGAAACCGAUGAUCACAAGACUACAUUACAAAGAUGUUCCGACAUGAACGAGGACCAGACCAGGGCCAUCUCGAGCUCAUUACUUUGGGCGACCACAUUUUUGGCAUGCACAGAUGUUAGUUUCGAAGCAGCUCAGAUAUCUGAUGACUCGAUCGCGGAGAGCUCACUUAGCACUCCACUUUCGGAGUGUGAGAACGUGCAAGACAUCAGUCUGCGUCUCUCCUUGGGCUACACGCCUCCGACGGAAGCGAGCUCUCAAAGCAAAGCGACUCUCGCAGAACUCUUCGCCGAAAACGUGAUUGCCAAAGUCAUCAGAACAGCGCAAGCAGCGCUUUCCGCAGUGCCUGAAGCCUUCCCUGAGACCGUUGCGGCUGACUCUGACGGAGCAUACUCGCUGCGUGAAGCUGAGUUCUGGACCUGUGGAUUCUUCCCAGGCACGUUAUACCUAACGCUGGAACGGCUCACACGUUACCCGCAAAGCGUCACAACUGCCGAUCCAAGAGUUACUGUUCGAGCUCUGUACAACGAGCUGAAGCCGCUCUGUGAAGCUUGGAGCCAGCCACUUCAUAGCAUGGCUGAUCGUGCUGACACUCAUGACAUUGGAUUCAUUGUUAUGCCUGCCUUGCGUCUGGACUGGGAGCUCUUCGGCCAUCAAGCCAGCCUGGACUCGAUCAUCCGAGCAGCAUACAGUCUGGCCACGAGAUACGUACCCGAAUCCAGAGCCAUCAGGAGCUGGGACAUGUUGAACAGAAAGGACAUCGAGAUCUUGGACCAGAACGACAAUUUGAUCGUCAUCAUCGACAACACUCAAUUUCUCGAGGUAUCGUGCGGCUUGGCGGAAUACUUCAUAUACCGGCUUGAGACCUUGCCACCUUCGAUCGAGAGAGGGCGAAUGGUGCCUCUAUGGGACUUUGAUGCGCCGCUUCAAGACAACGAAAUCCCGCUUCGCGACUCGUCUGCCGGAAUGAUAGCCGCCAACGGCAUGCUGGUUCUCGCGCAAGCACUGGCGAGCAUCGAUCGGCCUGCUUUAUGUUCAAGAUACCAAAACGCUGCAUUCGCAAUCGUUGAAGAUGCAACUGCCUUCGCUGUUGCGCCUGAGAGAGCAUACCUGCGGCCAGGCUUGGACCAAGCCAUCGAAGCAGCAGAGUGCAGUAACGCGGCUCGCUUCGAUGCUAUACUGAAGUACGGCACAGCGAAUAACAAUGCCAAUGCGAGAAAGCGAUACGCUACUCAUGGACUUGUGUAUGGGGACUAUUAUUUCGCCGAAUUUGGCAACCGGCUGCUCCGGUCAGGACGCGUCUAA